UUGUCCAUUAGAAUUGUUGAGGAUAACGUUUGAGAAAGAGAAAAAUGCUUGUUGGACUCAUCCAAUGGCGCCAAAUAUUUUUCCAACUUGUUUGUGUCACCAGUCUUUGUUGGUAUUGGCUGACCCAAUAGAAGAACGAAAAGUCUCGGUUGGAUUUCUCGUUGCUCUUCAUUUUGCACUUUCUAGUUACAAAGUGACCUAUUUAUGUGACAAAGAAAGAGUUGAAAAAGACUUUGAGGCAGCCUUGGUCACUUUGAGCAAUCCUCGUUGCGUUGUAGCGCUUCGAAAUAUUGUAUUUCUGUAUUUGAGGGACGUUGAUGAUUUUUUACAAGUCUGUGUUAAGGCACCUUUAAUUUGUUCUUCAGAUUCAGUCGUCGUUAUGCCUGAUUUGCUCCAGUAUUUUUGCUUGGAAUCUUGCACAAGUUCCCACUCAAACCAGAAAGUAUUGGAGGGCCUUGCGUUGUUGAACAUGUUCACAAAGAAACAAGCAACGACGAAUGAAGAAACAACUUGUCUAUUGCAAGGUGAUAAAGGGAACCCAUUAUUCUUUAUAUGCUUUAUUACAAAGCCAGUCACUUUGCAUGUUAUGUUGAAUCGGUUAUUCGAUGAAGAAACUUGUCUUACUCCUGAACAACGGAAAUUGCUUUGGCAAGAGCUUGAAAAGUAAGCGAUAAAGGGAUAGAAAAGACAGAUGAUCAUCAUUGGAUAAGAAGACACUUUUCAAGAAGGGAUGAAGAAGAGGAAUGGCAGUGGGAUUGUCCAAUGGUUCUCAGUGAAUACCUAGUCGAGAGAAUUCAUCAACGAA